AAUCCGAUUUCAGUUAUUCUUCAGCUUUUGCGCUGAAUGUACGAGGCGUCGUUGGUUUAGUUUUGAAACGCAAUAUAUUUUGUGGCUGAAAAUAUCCUUAAUAAAAUUGACUAACUAAUUUGGAAGAAUAUAAAAAAAAAAUACAAAAUAAACAAUAAUAAUAAUUUUUAAGUGUUUUAAUGCACUUAAUUACUUAGUUGUUUAAGGAAUACAUAGGCGAUGAAGAGUAUGAAGGCAAUAAUACUCGCUUAUUAUCAAUGGUUCUUGGGCUUCGUGCUGCUCUUAGUCAUCANUUUGCCCUUCCUCGAUAGGCGCGAGCCGCACAAGACACUGACAGAGCUAGCCAAAAGCUAUGGACCAAUCUAUUCGCUGCGGCUGGGCAAUGUGAAUGCGGUGGUGUUGGCCGAUGCCAAGUCGGUGCGUGAAUUUCUGAAAUGUGAAGAAUUGACCGCGCGUGCGCCACUCUAUGUAACGCACGGCAUAAUGGGCGGUUUCGGUCUGAUCUGCUCUGAAGGAGCGCUGUGGCGCAAUCAGCGUAAGCACGUCGUUGACUGGCUGAAAGACUUGGGUAUGACAAAAAAACAAUGCAAUGCGCGUAAAUCAAUGGAGCAGAGAAUAAAAAGUGGCGUCAUGGAAUGUCUGAAGUCCUUUUGCAGUGAUUCCAAGAAACCGGUGCCUUUCGAUCCACAUCCCGUGCUGCAGCAUACGUUGGGCAACGUCAUCAAUGACUUGGUAUUUGGUGUGAAAUACGCACCCGAUGACGCCACCUGGAAUUAUCUGCAGCAGUUGCAGGAGAAGGGACUCAAGUUGAUUGGCGUUUCGGGUGCAGUGAACUUUUUGCCUUGGCUGAGGUUUUUGCCCUGGAAUCUGAGCGCCAUUCGUUUCUUGCUCGACGGCAAAGCGCGUACACACGAAAUCUAUAACAAAAUCGUAGAGAAACGCGAAAAGUCUUGGGAAUAUCGAAAAUCUGUGACUGAGGAAAGUUUUAAUAUACUCGAUCAUUAUAUUGAUGAGCGCAUGCGACGUGAACUAUCCGAUGAUCCGCAAGAGCGUCUAUCAACUGAUGAGUACUACACGCAAGAUCAAUUGCUGCAUCUGCUGGCUGAUUUGUUCGGUGCUGGGCUGGACACCACGCUUGCCACACUGCGCUGGUUUCUCUUCUACAUAAGCAAAUACCAAGAGCUGCAAGAGCAGCUGCGAGCGGUGCUUGUGCUACGAAAUAUUUCAUAGUGAUUAAAUAAUUCACUUCAUUUUAUUUUUGUUGUUG